GUGCUUAAGGUGCCAAAUAUAAGUAGAUAUCGCCUUUGCUAGUGAUUCCCAUCUUUGCGGUCAAUUCAUUUCCUGUCCCACAUUGUUGGCUGCAUUUUCCGAACCACAGCUACUGCACGUGCCCAUUGCUGUGUCUCGGUGUCUCUUUUGUGUGUUUAUUAUUCUUUUUAUAACAUAAGCAGAAUGGUAGAUAGUAGAUUCACUAUACAGCACUUCCAGCGCCGCUACAAGUCCUAUGUGCUCAAGUUUAUGAGGGGGCAGCUCCCACGCGAUCUCAAGGAUGUCCCUGGGGCACUUGGUUGCCUUUACGGAACGCUCCCAGAUGUAGAUGAGUACGCUCGGUUUAUUAUUCAGCCACAGACAAUUCAACAGUAUCACCAACUAGGCUAUGUGAAGUUACCGAGGCUCGUACUGGACCCUCAUCAGGUUGACAUACUUGCAGACGAGGUUAACGAGCUGGCGAACAACGUGGAACACCAUCCGAGACUGGAGAAUCUUUACGCGACCUCACUGGCCGACCUGACUGGUGGACCGCUGUUUUACUGUCAAGGGCAGUGGCGGACAUCCUGGGGGAUGCAUGAUCUAGUAUAUUUGCCCGCUAUCACUGUCGCCGUCUGCCAGGUGCUCGGGAAUGUACUAGUUCGGCUAUGGUACGACGAAGUGUUCAUGAAGGAAACGAGAACAGGGCCGUGUGUACCAUGGCAACAGCACUACGCCCGCUGGCGCCACACAGCUCCGGUCAAUCACGCCACUGUCAUGGUCGCGCUGGACAACCUCAGUAAAGACCGUGGUGCGCCGUGCGUGGUGCCCAGAAGCCACCGUUGGCGGAAUGGCAGCGAGCUUCUACCGGUGGUUUGCGAUACGAGCUUAGAUGAGUCACAGCAACUCAAUACUAUCUGGACAAUCACAAACGCGGAGGAGCGAGAGAUGCUAAUGGAUACCCCACCGCUGACCAUCGAUCUGAAACGCGGCGAGGCACUUCUUAUUCAUCCUCUUACUCUAUUUGCAACGCAUGGAAAUCGCACUCUGAACGCGGCACGAUCUUGUUUUGUGCAUUAUAUGGGUGACAAGACAUUUGCGGUGCGCGAUGGCCCCCUUCUUCCCCAUACUACACUUUUUCGAGCCGGAAGGAAAGUCCAAGGACCAUUUUUCCCAGUAGUGUUUGAUCCUGCCAUAGCGGAAGACCACCUUGCACUUGGGCAAAGCCUCUCUAUUGAUGAAUAAGAUGCUGAAGUGAUCCAAUUCGCAACUGAAAAGUAAUAUUCGUGCUUACAUUUUCAUAUGGGUACAUCAUGAAUGACAUGCAGAUCAUGCUUGCAUCUUCAUAGAAAUCAUUUUUUACAGUUAAGCGAAUGGGGAAAUCAUUCAAGCACUUAA